AUGACAAAAAAAGACAAGAAAUCAAAGGUCACCACGGUGAUCACCAAAGAAGGCGAAAGCAUCAAAGUGUUUGAAGACUUGGACAGUUUCGAACUGUACAUCAAGAACGAAACGGAAGACGACGAUUUCGACCAUGUGCGAUGCCGGUUGAAGUACAUCCCACCAUUUGUGCUGCAUGAGUCGCACGAGGACCCUGAAAGGAUCAAAGACUCGGUCAACUCGCACAGCAGAAAGUUUGUGCGCCAUUUGCACCAGCACGUGGAAAAACACUUGCUGAAGGACAUCACAGACAGACUGCAGAUCCCAACACUCAAAUUCAAGGACAAGUCAAAGGUGGAGACCCCAGACAACAUUGUCUGGAGAUACAACGAACACGCCCAGUACCACAGCCGUGAGUUUGAUAUCCACGUGUCCGUCCAAUGCCACCACGACAGUGCUAUGGUGGAUGUUGACUAUUUGACAGAACCCACCCGGCCUGCGGUACAAACACCUGUAGCCACGUCCGUGGCUGCAGCGUGA